GGGUGGGGGACGGGCUCCCGGCGCGGGAAUGGAGCUGAGAAGGGGCUCUUCUCGAAGGAGAGCGGCCGUGAAGGAGCUCUUCAAGUCUCCGAUUAAAUUUAAAAAAUGGCCUCCAAUAAAACUACAUUGCAAAAAAUGGGAAAGAAACAAAAUGGAAAGAGUAAAAAAGUUGAAGAGGCAGAGCCUGAAGAAUUUGUGGUAGAAAAAGUACUGGACCGUCGUGUAGUGAAUGGGAAGGUGGAGUAUUUCCUGAAGUGGAAGGGGUUCACAGAUGCUGAUAAUACUUGGGAACCAGAAGAAAAUUUAGAUUGUCCAGAAUUAAUUGAAGCAUUUCUUAAUUCUCAAAAAGCUGGUAAAGAAAAAGAUGGUACAAAAAGGAAAUCUUUAUCUGACAGUGAAUCUGAUGAUAGCAAAUCGAAGAAGAAGAGAGAUGCUGCUGACAAACCAAGGGGCUUUGCCAGAGGUCUUGAUCCUGAA